CUGGCUUGCACUCCUUCAUGGUCCUACGAACCUACUGAUGGGUGCGUUGUUGGGAGUCUCAUUAGGCUUUUUGUUUGCGAAAGUGCAGAUGAAGUCAUAUGGAACUACCCACGUCCAGAAGCCGCGUGGUGGAGGUCACUACAAGUUCUUCGCCUUUGCGGUCUUUGCAACGGGUACAGGGGUUGCGAUCACAGCGGUGCAUUUCCAAUACUCAGGCGCUGGGUUUUUGGCUUGCUUGUUUUUUACCUGUGCUCUGGCACAGUUUACACGAACCCCCUCUGCUGGGGACGACGGUGAUGCUGAAAGAGAGGACCAAGUUGAUGCAGUAAGAGAUGGCCCAUUACCUCCACAGACUCUUGGUAGUGCAGGUCACUCGGAUGCGCCUGACUUGGAACUAGACGCCAUGGAGAAAGCGAAUGUUGGCGUGGAAGAGGAUGACGAUUUUUGGGACAAGGAGGAUAUUUCUCUUCCACAACCUUCAGCUGCUCCACAAGGAGGUCAACAUGCGGCAACGCCUGAAGAACUACAUCAUGAUCAUGCUGUGCACAAAGAUACGGAGGUUGGAAUGGAGAAAGACACCAACAUCAUAGAACAAGUGUGCGAGGUUUUGAGCUUUAUCUGGGAGUUAAUUGCUGAGCCGCUUUUGUUUUCGGUGAUCGGAUCUGUCGUAGACGUUCGUCGCUUGAAUUUCCCGAUUCUACCACGCGCUACUGUGUUGAUACUCGCAUGCGUUUUUUGUGUACGCGUUCCGGUUGCGAUGCUGGCAGUCGGCUCCUGUGGGUUGAGGGCAAAGAACGAAAACUUCAUGUCCGUAGAUGGUAGCUUAACCAGGCGUCGAGAACAAGGCCCUAUACUUAAGGCCGCGUCGUGGAUCUUUUUCAAGUAAACUUAAACUUUGUCAUCUUUCCUCGUAAUGAUCUGAUACUAAAUUUUGAACUUGAUGAAACUGCUGGGUACACCUAUUUCUGCAUGCACAAACUUGAUGAAACUGCAUACACCCACACCCCAGCUAACUUAGCAAAAGCGCAAAGUGCAUGUAAAAGUGUAGAAUCUAGCUCUAACAUUUUGACGCUGAAAGAACGGCUUUUUAUAGGGCUUUCCUGGAUGCCGAAGGCAACGGUGCAGGCAGCCUUGGGCUCUGUGCCUCUAGAUCGAGUAAAGUUCGCUGCCGCAGCCUCAACAACAGUUGGAACGGUUGCGUCAACAAUAGAAGGCUCCAGUAGUACCCAAGGAGCAGGGGGACCCGGACAGACACUUGCUACGUCACCAGCGCCGACUACUGCGCAUGAUUUUUUUCAUCUCGGUCUGCAGAAGGUGCAUGAUGCCGCAAUGGGACAGGGAAAUGGUUAUGGUUGAAAACUACAAGUACAUUUGUUUAUAGCUUGACAAGCUAUACUUCUAAUAUACAACUGGGUGAGAAUUCAUCCAAACAAGCAAGUUGUAGAUAGUAGUUUUCUACAACGAACAAGUCAAACAUACUGAUAUCUUCUUCAUUUGAUUUCAUCUAAGCAUUCAAAAGCAGUGCUUUACAACUUAGCGGAGCCGCAUCCUCUACGGCAGCCAUGCCAGAGUGGGCAGCAACAGGUGAGGCGUAUGGCGAAAUUAUUGUCACGACAGCAGUCCUCUCAAUUUUGCUCACAGCACCACUGGGUUUACUUGUAGUUUCGAAAUUAGGCCCUCGAAUGCUGACGAAAGACGACGUGAUGGGCAGAGAGGAGUAUCAUGAUGAAGAGGGAAGUAGUUCGUCGAGGACUAUAGAAAUGACGGGCAGUACUGUAGUUGUGGGCAAGAGAAUACUAGAUGGAGCGGGAGGUGGGGAGCAGGGGACUUCACCUGGUGCUUCGGGCUAUGGAGUUCCCGAGUAAAUGCAUGAAACUAAACUCUCGACGCUUUUUGCUGUAGACUAGGUUCUUCCUAUCGAU